AUGGCUAAAAAAGCGGGAUCUUUAGUUUGGUUAGGGAUAAAAUGUCCACAUUCUUAUCGACAUUACUGUAUUUGGGACGAGAGUCAAGCUCAUCUUCAAGACUACUCUGUGUUCUUCCAUGGUAACCCAAACAGUAUUGGUGAAUGUGUAAUGAUGAUGAUUGGUGAACUUGCUAAUGGAAAAUGGGUUAGUGCAGAUUGCAGAUACAUGCGAGUUGCUUUCGUUUGUCAAGUUGCAAGAAAAAAACUUUGCGGUGAUUAUCGCGAAUACGCUAAAGGUGGUAAAUGCUACAAGAGAAUUUAUCAACGUUUAACCUUCGAUGAAGCAGAACACUACUGCCAACAAGAAUGUGGCCACCUUGCUUCCAUUCAUAACGCUGAGGAGAACGAGAUAUUUCAUGAAAUGUUCGAUUAUAAGGGAGACUACGGUAGACUUGGCCUAAAGCAAUCAGACGACAAUUUUUCAUGGACGGACAAUACGACUUUCGACUACAACAAUUUUGGAGUCAAUAAUACAAAACUCGGCGAUUGUGUGGCUAUGUCGCUGGCUGAUGAGAUAGUAAACGCCACCCAAUGGAUCAACGUUCCAUGUGAUCAAGGACUCCCAUUUGUAUGUCAAAAAGUUCGAGGAGCAUGUUUCAAUACAACAACGGUUUCCGAAGUACCACCUCCAACAAUGGCUCCGGCCACUUGUGAUCAACCACAAUUUUUCGAUCAAAAUGGCACGAUCUAUUCGCCUGGUUAUCCAAACUUAUACAGCGGUACGAAGUCAUGUCAAUACAUCAUGACAGUUUCUCCAGGAGACUUUGUUCGGAUCCAUUUCCCAGAACUUGUCUUACAACCUGACAGCACCAUAAAGCUCUACAAUUCCAUUAUUGAUUCUCGUCCUUCUGAA